AUGUUGUCCAAACUCCUUCCCAUUGUCUUAAUUGCAAGCGCUCUUGCAGCGCCUCAAAACCCUCCCACCUAUGCCAAUGAACCAAAUCGAUGCGAUGCCACUUGCCAAAUCGCCUACCGACAGGUGCUAGCUAUGGAAGAGGAGCGUUGGGUUAACCAAGACAUCACCACUGACCCCUUCUAUUCAACCCCCAAGAAUGUGUCAAAGUAUUCGACUGGAGACAUAUUGAAAUGGGAAAAGAUCCCAGCUGAGCAGGCUUAUCGGCGAUGGACUGUCCCCGCGGGCAUAUCAUUGACCCGUUUCUACUACAUGUCUGAGGAUAUUGAAGGGAAACCCCUUCCAGCGACGGGUAUCGUGCUUAUUCCAUACACCAAUCCCCAGGGGAGUAAGCCAUUCCGUACCGUCGUUUGGACGCACGGGACAGCGGGCGGAACCCGACAAUGUUCACCAUCGAACCAUCGCGCACUACUCUAUGGGUGGACAGCUCCGUUUGCCCUAGCACUUGCGGGCUACGUCGUUAUUGCCCCUGACUAUGCAGGCCAGGGAAGCGAGGCUCAAGGCUUUCAGUACGAGGCUGGUAUCCUCCACGCAGCAGAUGCCAGCUUGAGCGUCCAGGCUGUGCGCAAAGCUCUCGGCAGCAAGAUCACAAAGGAGUGGGUUGUCGUAGGCCACAGCGAAGGCGGAAUGUCUUCUUGGCGCACCAACGAGCGAGAGGCAAAGCCUGUGGCUGUAGGCGGCCUUCUCGGCGCCGUUGCCCUUUCUCCCGGCCUUGUCCCAAGCAAGAUUAUUGGUGAAACGAUCCGCCGUGCAGCAAAUGGCGGCCCUGCUGGAGACUUUCUUUCUUCCCUCGUAGUACAAACAGUUUCAAGGAUCUACCCCUCAUUCAAAGUUGAGGACUAUGCUUCAGAUAUUCUUCUUGCCCGGAUGCCUCUCGCCGACCAAGGAUGUUUCUACACUUCAGCCUCUCUUUACAGCAACCUGACUAUCAGCCAACUUUACAAGAACACCAGCUGGAUUGAACACCCCGAUUUCAUCAAAUGGGAGAAAGUGUAUAAUGGUGCGGGGCCUCAUAAACUAGCGGCUCCAAUGCUCGUGAUCCAAGGCGCCGAGGAUACCCUAGUAUAUCCUGACACAUCUGAGGAGGCUUUUAAUGAAACCUGCAAAGCGUUCGCUAGCUCGACGACGGCUGAGUUUAGGCUGUACCCUGGCCUUGGUCACGGUGCUGUUCUUCCUGCUUCACAGCAAUAUUAUCUGUCGUGGAUCGAGGAUCGCUUUAACAAGGUUUCUCUCAAGAAAGGCUGUAGGAAGCUGACUAUGACCCCGGAAACUGACAACUUCUCCCCAGUCAAUGAUGAAUGGGUGGCGGUUUUUUCCUAG